GCACAGCAGGCCUCAUGGAAGUCAAGGCCCCUUCUUCCUGCCGGGAGCCAAGACACCCCUCCCGGCCACGCCGCCCUUGGCGCGGCUUCCCGAGCGAGGGAGCGAGCGAGCUGCGAGGCGGCGCAGACGCACUGGAUCCGCCUUCCCACCAAUCUCGACCCUCGCCGCGUUCCGUUCGUGCGUGGACGAGUCGGGACGGGAGGAGAGGCCGCUCGCGGGGCAGGGGCUGCGGCGCGCCGAGAGGGGGCCCGCGCCGCACGGAUGGCGGACUCGCAGCUGUUCUGCGUGGCGGAGGAGCGCAGCGGCCACUGCGCCGUGGUGGACGGAAACUUCCUCUACGUGUGGGGGGGCUACGUGUCUAUUGAAGACAAUGAAGUAUAUUUGCCUAAUGAUGAAAUCUGGACCUAUGAUAUUGAUAGUGGGUUAUGGAGAAUGCACCUAAUGGAAGGAGAACUCCCUACCUCCAUGUCAGGAAGCUGUGGUGCUUGCAUUAAUGGAAAGCUGUACAUUUUUGGAGGAUAUGAUGACAAAGGAUACAGCAAUCGAGUAAUACUUUCUUUUGAUUCAGGAGUGCAGCAAAAUCUUUAUUUUGUUAAUUUGCGAACAAGAGAUGGAACCUACAUUUGGGAAAAAAUCACCAACUUUGAAGGAUCACCACCCACACCACGUGAUAAACUUUCCUGCUGGGUAUACAAAGACAGGUUAAUAUAUUUUGGUGGUUAUGGGUGUAGGAGACACAAUGAACUCCAAGACUGUUUUGAUGUUCAUGAUGCGUCUUGGGAAGAGCAGAUAUUCUGGGGAUGGCAUAAUGAUGUCCAUGUAUUUGACACAAAGACACAGACUUGGUUUCAACCAGAAAUUAAAGGUGGAGUUCCACCACAGCCACGAGCCGCGCAUACGUGUGCAGUUCUUGGAAAUAAAGGUUAUGUCUUUGGCGGACGUGUUUUGCAAACUAGGAUGAAUGAUUUGCACUAUCUAAACUUAGAUACCUGGACUUGGUCUGGAAGGAUUCCUAUUAAUGGAGAAAGCCCAAAGCAUCGGUCAUGGCAUACUUUAACACCAAUAGCUGAUGAUAAGCUUUUCCUAUUUGGUGGACUAAGUGCAGAUAAUAUUCCAUUAAGUGAUGGUUGGAUUCACAAUGUCAUGACAAAUUGUUGGAAACAGCUUACACAUUUGCCUAAAACAAGACCUAGGUUAUGGCAUACAGCCUGUUUGGGAAAAGAAAAUGAAAUAAUGGUAUUUGGUGGGAGCAAAGAUGAUUUACUUUCCUUGGAUACAGGUCACUGUAAUGAUUUAUUGAUCUUUCAAACACAGCCUUAUUCACUACUCAGGUCAUGUCUUGACUGCAUCGGUAAAAAUGCUAUUAUUUUAGAAAGUCAGAUAUCUUUAUUACCUCCUAAACUUCUGCAACAAGUACUCAAAAAAAUAACAUUUUGGACUGCAGCUAAUCACCGAGGAGAACAAAGAGUCCAAAAAGAAGAAACAGAAAAUAAAUAUCAGUGGAUCAGUAGCAAUUAAAUUGUUAUAUGCUCUAUAUAUUUAAUGUUUAACAUUUCAAUCAGACUAUACAUUUACACUCCCAAAUUGCAGAUUUGAAAGGAUAAAAUUUGAAACCAAAAUGCUCUGUUUAAGUGAUUAUAUGCUAUGGGAUAUAUGGAAAAAAGAUGUUAAUGCAGAUUAAUUUAUAUUUAUAUUGGUAAACAAAUUUCCUUAUAAGCUGCAGAACAAAUAUUCUUUCUGAAAGUAAGUACAGUUAUAACAGAUUUUAACUCAAUGUGUACUCUUUACUGGAAAGGUUAUACAAAUUUGAGAAUAAGAAAUUACCCCUAAGGACUCAGAAAUCUCCAAUCCAAACACUGCAUAUCAACUUUCAGAAAGAAUAAAUUUUCUCAAGUCAUUUUAAAAUUACCUAAGCUUCUCCUUAAAUAACUCAGUUAUUAAAUAACUUCUUCUUAAAUAACUAAUGUAUCUGGCCAAAAAUUAUAAAAUAGGCAAAUACUUAUAUGGUAUUAAAUAUUGAACUCCUCCCCUUUUAGCACUUACUUAGUAAAGUAUUCUUAGGCAUCAUUGUAACUUUUCCUCACUUUUAUUUGAGUAGGGAAUAAAUGUCUUCAGUUGUCUCUCCAUUAUCUCUAAGUUAUUAGUUUGUCCAGUUUAUAUAUAUAGAGAGAGACCAUGUUUUAAAAUAUAUACAGUGGAGGUUUAUUUAUCAUACAGGCUUUAAAUAUUGAGAAGCACUAUAUUUAUUAACUUUUGAGACAUGUUAAAAUACAUCUUGCCUUGGAAGAGUGCUUCUAAAGGAAUUUUUGUAAGUAAUGAAAUGGGAUGGUAAUCUAGUAAUUUGACUUUAUAGAAAUGCUUCAUUUUGGCCCACGUCAUUCUACAGAGUUGAUGCUUAAGACACAAAGAUGUUGAAAAUCUGGUAUCUUCCCUUUUAUUUUUAGCAUUACUGUCUACACAGAAAUGGAACACUGUAUCUGUGUAUUCCUCAAAAUGGUACUUUUGCCAUAAUCAAGACAUUUGUCUUCAUAUUAUCACAAUCAUGUCCUUUCAUUUAAUUAUUAAUUAUAAUUAAUUACUAAAAAACUUGGUAUAUUAAAUUAUUCUCCAUAAUAUCACCAUGCAAGUAAUCUCUGAAAUUUAAAAUGUUGGAAAAAGUAUAUUUCUAUAUUGAAAUAUAUAUAUAUAAUUUGUAAUGAAAAUUUAGUAGUUCAUAGUAUUUCAUUAAAUUUUAGAGAUAUAUUUCAUAUAUAUGUACUGUAUUUUGGAUGUGUAAAGCUUCUAUUUAUGUAUUGAAAUAUUUUUUAUAUUUUAUUUAUUGUACAAAGUAUAUAGAAUUACUGUUUUCGUUUUUGUCAAUGUGAACCAGUCAUUAGAGUUCAUUGUGUACAAAAUAU